AAACUCUUCAAGUUCGAAGCUGUGUCACACCAUAUUUAUCUGGCUAGUAAGACUAGUUGUCUUUGUCUGGUUAAGUAUGAAGCAAUGAAACUUUGCUAUACAUUUGAAGUGAAUGUCGAGUUGUUUUUUUAUGUCCUCGAUUUCGGGCUGGAUAGAUCCGAUGGCCGUUAUGCGGCUGAGCCACACUUCAACAACACACCAACCCUUAUGUAGUGGUGCUACCUACGUCCAGAAUCUUGAACUUCAACAACAAUCCUUUCCAUUGUGCAAAAGAUCAAGUGCAAUCUGGCGGAUUGUUGUAGACCAUACUAGUAUCCUCAAGCGUCGCUAUCAGCACCGUUAGCUUUGAAUUAAUUGCGACCAUCGAAAACAGUACAUCAUGGCUGUACCCACAAAAGAUCUCGUCGACCUACCCGUCGACAUUUUAGCAGUCAUGUUUGAUCAGAUACUGGUAACUAUUGGAGUGUGGAAGAUCAUGAAUUUACGAGUUCUUUGCAGACUCUUCAAUACAAUAAUCACGAAGGCUUUAUGCCUCGACUAUAUGGCAGACUCAAAAGGCCCAGUCGACGAUGCUCUUGCAAAAUGUCUCCAAUAUCAUGACAGCAAAUUGCCCGGCAUCGCACAUCUCUUCAUUCAUCUAGAAAUCAAAUACAAUCCCCACCACAUAAUACUUUCUCCUGUCUAUUGUGCUAUCCAAUCUGUGAAGAUGCGUAGUAGCAACAUUCAGACAAAAGACAAACAAAUAGCUUUCGAGAUCCAAGUUUGCUAUGCGAUAGAAGAACGCUUGAAGUGGGGCUUGUACGAUGACCGAGAUCCAGGUGCAUGUGGUCGAAGGAGAUUACAAUUUCGUAACGCUGCCAUCGGUGAAGAUGACGAAGCAAGGCUAGACAUCCAAACUACUCUCAGUGUAGCUAUUGUUGCUGGAGAUGCUUUCGUUGUACGAGAGCUACUUGAAAAUUGUAACGCUGAUGCCGAUUCAGACAACAGAUAUUUUGGACGACCUUUACAUCUUGCCGCACGUUAUGGAAGAACCGAAAUUAUUGAAAUUCUGCUUGAGUGCGGUGCAGAUUUGAGUUCAAUUCGGCCAUAUCUAAAUCACGAGCCAAAGGGAUUCGCAAUCCGCCUGCAGAAUUUCAUUUGCACUUUCGGGAGCCCUUUACGAAUAGCAGCAUUGAAUGGCCAUCUCGAAGCUGUAAAAGUUCUCACCAAGCCACGUUACAAUGCCGUAUUACCAUUUCCAGAAGAGGAAAUCCAGGAAGUUUUUCGCGCAGCAGCUAGAAGUGGGAGCAUCGCUGUGGUUUCUAUUCUCGCCGAGUUAUUUUUAGAAUCACUACCUUCGGACCUACCAUCAAAUAUCCGAGAGGAGAUGCUCAUCCAAAGUAUAUAUUGGGGAAAAGAAGAAUUGAUACAGUUGAUGAUUUCAAGUGGGGUAGAUGUCAAUUUUCGGGUAUCUGCUACUUGGAAAACUAUGCCGAAUUGGUCGCCCAUUCACUGCGCCGCUUAUAAGGGCCGCUCGAAAGUUGUUCAGCUGCUACUUGAAAAUGGCGCAAAUCCAGAUGGCUAUGCCUUCGGCAUGCGUGUACGUUACAACAAUCUGGAUGCGAUAGGUUAUGCCGUUUCCAAGGGCCAUGAAGAUGUCGUUCAUGUUCUUUUGAAUCACGGUGUUUCGUUAGCAAAAGACAGAAGAUACAACGCUUCACUGAUUGACAUAGCAUCAACUCGGCACCAGCAUCAUAUCAUGAGCCUACUGUUGAAGAAUGCGGUGCAUUCCGAUAAAUACAUCAAUAGAACGGCUUUAUCAUAUGCUAUUGGAGAGGGAGAUCUCCUAUCUCUGCGUCUCCUGGUAGAAGCCGGCUGCCCUGUCGAGACCCUCACAGAUGUUAAACGUAUCAACUACAGCACUUCUCCAAUCCUUCAUGCAAUGAAAUGCGGGUGGCCACAUAUUCUAGAGUAUCUUUUCAGUGUCAGCAGUGAAAGGAUUGAUCCGUUGGAUGAAGAGCAAUUUCCCCUUGGCUCGACUGUCAGAAACGAUUUUACGAGUGGCCGAUAUCCUCGUAGAAAUGCAAAACAACCAUACCACCAGCUUUGGUAUACACAGGGCAGAUACUAA